AUGUUCGAGAACUACACGGUUACCGCAUCGCGUCAUCCCUCAUCGCUGCCACUCACUUGUGGUGACUUGUUCGGGCCUGACCGGACUGUACCUCGUACUUCUUCACCGCGCGAUUCCCAAAUUUCCAUUACACAACUUUCGCAACAGUUCAGCGAGAUGCGCUACACAUCACGGCCAUUCUUCCAUGCCCAACAGACACCAUCGGAUGCCGAGUGCGAGCUGGACUCAACCUUGAGCCCGUCUGAUUAUGUGGGUUCACUAUCUUCUUCCAGGAGGCGAUCCUACAGGCAACACGGAGUACGAAUGCUCUGUGACCCAUCCCACCUUCGCAGCAUUCAAGACAUGGUGGACAGGAUGGUCAAAUCUGGAGAUCAAUGCGCCAUUUCACCACCUCGGGCGUCAAGCGCCUAUGAUGCAAUGCCAUCGCCCACAGAGGAUGAAGGCUACAGCAGUCUCGACGAGAAGCGACGCAGCGGCUCGAUCUCUUCAGUCUCGUCUGCUGGAUCUGGGGCAUCUUCCUUGUCGUUCCGACGUUCAGUGGACUCUAUCACUGGUGCCUGCGUGUCGAAGAACGUUCGUGUCAAGAAGGCUCGCAAUGUUCGGGGGUUUUCCAAGCAGGCCUGA